GCUCAGCAUGGACAGCUACUAUUUGUACUGGCAGGGGAAGUGGUAUUGGUGGUCGGGGUACUGGAACGAUCCUAACGAUAGUACGCAUGCGGCGGUGCUCCCUGUUCUAUCUAUCUAUCUAUCUAUCUAUCUAUCUAUCUAUCUAUCUAUCUAUCUAUCUAUCUUGUGUUUCUCUUCAUGCUAUUGUAUCCAAUAAAAGAGUUUUCCUGUAAUUUUAACCAGCUAGCCGCCGGUGUCUUCCUUGAUCUAUGUGCAUGUAGGCAGACGUUACCCAGCAGUUAAUAUAGUUAUAUUAACUAAUGCCUCCUUCAACUAUGCGUUGGGCAUGGGAGCAUUAGCCGAACCACCUCAGGACAGCUCUGCCGACGGUGUGAUCUUGAUCAAGGAUAUGGCGGAGUGGCAAAAGCACUGGGACCAGACUGCUCCAUACAACAAGCUGCUGGUGUAUGAGUUCUACGAAAAGAAUUCCUCGCUGUGCAAGGCCAUGGACAAGCCGUUCGAGAAGCUCGCCACGCAGUACAAAGGCAGGGCCGACUUCUGCAAGCUGGACGUGGACAACUUUGAGCUUUUGGCGCGGAUUUGCGGAGUGGAGGGAGCGUAUCCGACGUUCGUGCUGUUCAAGAAAUGCGCGCAGGUGGGCAAGGUCGUUGGCCUCAAGGAGGACGACCUCGAGCGGAUCGUCCAGCGAGCGAUAAUAAGCUAGGGCGUGUUCGGCUGGCUACAAGCCGACACUGUUGCAGCUGUUUGGAUUGCUGCAGCUGCAAUCCAUAGAGAGAAAAAUACUGUAGAAGCCGCAGCCGCAGCCGGAUUGCAGCCGCAGCAAGCCGCAGCGAACAAGCUGCUAGCUAGGAGUAGUCGUCAACUCGUCAUGUAGUACCACACAGACUCAGUUUUCGUACGUGUGCCAAGACAAAACUACAAAAGG